AAAAACUCUAAAAAUUGUGAUUUUACAACACAGUUUGCGUAGAAAAAAACAACAUUAUUUUAUAAAACGUAAAAAAGGCAAGAACGGCAAAAAAAGAAAAAAGAAAGAAAGUAGGAAAGGAAAGAAAAACAAAAUUUACCAGAAACAUGUCUGAAAAUUUAAAAUGGAAAGGAAUCAUUACUCAAAACGAAAAAUUAAAACAAGAGAUGGCUAUAAAGUCUAAAGAGAGAAUAAUAAAACCGAUUGUAUCAACGGAAACAGACGUUGACAGUGAGUACAAACUUCAUUUCCAGAAUCUUGAUCAAAAGCGAGAAAUAAGGUUCUUAACAAAAACCGUUCAGGAGUUACAGGCGCAACUUGUGGUAUCCAAGAAAAGGCUAUCAUAUGCCCACGAUAAACUUCUUGGAAAAGUCAGCAACGGUGAAGUAAUUGAAGAUGAAAAUGGCAUACAUUAUAUUAUUGUUCCAAAAACUCACGAAAACGAGCUAAAAAAAAUUACAACUAUCUUAAAAGAUGAUCUUCAAAAAAUUCUUAAUGAGAGCGACGUUUUACAAGAAGUCUUCGAGUCAAAAGAAAAACAUUUGGAAAAUAUCAACGCGAGAAUAAACGAGAAAAAGAAAAAUAUUGCUAAUCUGGUAAAAGAGAACGACCAGCUUAAAAAAGAAAUUGUUUGUGAACAAUCUAAAAUUGAAAAAACUAAAGAAAAGUAUGGAAUAAUUAGAAAUAGUUUAAACUUUAAAAGUGAACAGUUAAAAGGUUUUCUUAAAGAAAAAGACGAAGAGUUAACGUUAUUAUUACUAAACAACGAGAAACGGAGUAUGCUUUUAGCUGAGAAAACAUGCACUGCUGAACAUCUCUACAAACAAUCAUUAGAUGAAUGCAAACACUUAGAAGAAAAAGUCACAGAGUUAGCUGUUAAAGAGAACGAAAAAUUGGAGUUGUCAAAUCAUGUAAAUGCUUUGCAGUCAAAGCUUCUUGAGCAUCAGAAAGAAAAUGAAAAAUGUAAAAGUUCUAUUGUGCAGCUAAAGUUAAGAGAAGAAAAAACCUUAGAAGAAAAAGAACGUAUUGCAAAUGAAAACAUUAAAGAAAUUAAAAAUAAAGAAUUAGCAAUUACCAAAAUGAAAGAAACUAAUCAGAAACUUUCUGCAGAAAUUAAAAAGUCUCCAAAACCGUUAUGGAAAUAGACAUAAAAAUUAGAAAAUUUUCUAAAUUCUCAGCUUGAAGAAUUUUCUGACAUUAUAGCAUUCCGUGAUAUUUUAUACAUACCAAAAGUUUCUUAUUUUGUUAGCAAAAAAUAAAUUUUAGAAUUUAA